CAGCAUGUGCCAGCAGCAGCAGCCCGCUCGCACGCCGAAAUGUUUCGGCAACUCCGCCGCCAAAGCCCUGUCCAUCACUCAGGUGGUGUGCGGAGGUCUGGCCAUCGUCUUUGGCAUCGUCAUCAUCGUGCUUCGGGACCGGUUCAGCUUUACUGGAUAUCCAAUAUGGAUAGGAGCCCUGUUCCUUUCUACUGGAAUCGUCGGCAUAUUCGCAGCGGUCCGCAAGACUACCUGCAUGAUAAUAACCUUCAUGGUCCUGUCCAUCGUGUCAGCAGUCUUCACCAUUAUCAUGCUCCAGUACUCGGCCACUGCGAUAUUCGUAGAUCUAUACAUACCGUGCAGGUAUUGUAACGACAAGGAUGCCCGUUUGGCGAUUAACGCGCUGUUGGUCAUCCUAGCCCUGCUGGAGGCUGGGCUGUCAAUCACCUCCUCCGUGAUGACGUGUUGUGCCGUCUGCCCCUGCUGCAGAUGUGACGGUCAGGGUCACCAGCCACCAGCAGUUGCCUACCAAAUGGGAGCAGACGGCAGACUGGCCCAGAUCAUAGUACCCGGCCAGUACGUCAUGCAGGGGGGACAGCCCAUAGCCAUGACACCGCUCCCUCCAAACCAGACCCAAUACGCCACGGCCCUUCCCCCUGGAGCCACGGCCCUUCCCCCUGGAGCCACGGCCCUUCCCCCUGGAGCCGCGGCCCUUCCCUCUGGAGCCACGUCCCUGCCUCCACGUUACCAGCCUACCGAUCCCGGAGCUCCUGCCGUGAACCAGACUUUUUAAGACGCAGGAUGAUGAUGUCCCUCUCAACGAUAAAUAAUGGAAAUUAGAAACAACUACUAGUAUCUCAUCUAGUACUGCUAAAGAUGGGUCGGGUCUAGAAUCAGUUUGGUUGUGUGUAGAGACUAUGAAAACCGCAGUGCAUACAUGUCAGGUGGACUACUAGAGAUAAAACCGCUGUUAGCGAUGCGGUUUGCUACAGAAAAGAUUUUGAUUUAGUUUAUUGCGAUAACGGUAGGUCACCUUUAUCCGCGGGGUAACCUAUAUCCGUUCUUAAAAAAAUCCCCACGGUAUUUGGGAUAUCAAGUCGACGGAUGGUGCAUAUGGUUCCAGACU